GACUAACCUUCUUUGACUUUUAUUAGGUCCUGCCCCAUCCCCUUUCUUCUUUUCUUUAUUCUCACCGUCCUUUCUCCAUAUUUUCCUCUCUAUCGUCUGCUGUUCAUGUCGCCUGGUCUCGCCUGGUUGCGAGCUAUCGCGUUGACGACCCUGCUAACGGCUUCUGUCUCCUAUGCAAGGGACGAAAUUUUGUUCACCUCCUCUGUGACAUAUUGUGAUCCUCCAGAGACAUUGCUUGUCCAGCAAUUCGACAUCGUGUACUACAACAAGAAUGAAUCUAUCUUCUUCAAUGUAUCAGCAUCCAGUGUCGAAGAGAACGUUAAUGUUACAGCCAAUUUACUGCUUAACGUCUACGGACUAACGCCAGUGAAUGUCACUAUCGACCUUUGCGACAUCCUCGGCGGCGCUCUUUGUCCUCUGCCACAGUACAACUUUGUAGGGUCUGACACCAUCUCACUGCCUUCAUCACUGAACGUGGCCGACCAACUACCGGGGAUAGCUUUCAAAGUCCCCGACCUCGAGGGGUAUGCGCAGCUGUCUUUGUUAGAAGUAGGAACAGGCAAUCUCAAGGCAUGCGUGCAAGCCACUCUGUCGAAUGGGUGGUCAACACACCAGCAUGCCGUUACAUGGAGUACAGCAGGUGUUGCCCUUGCUGCCUUGAUAUCGGCUGCUUGGCAAUCACUCUCGCCCACAGCCCUAGCACCCUAUCGGUUGCUGGAUCUGCUUUAUUUAUAUCAGACCAUCGCAUCAAGUGCCUUUCUGGACCUCAACUACCCUUCUGUUUAUCGAGCAUUCGCACUCAACUUCGCAUGGGCCAUCGGCCUAGUAUCCUCAACCUCCGAACAAACCUCCAUAGACAAUAUGCGACACAUCACGGGAGGCACAAUGGCAAACUCGACCUCCGGGUCCGCAAUCGCUUUCGUUAAUCGCAAGCUGAGCCCAUACAAUGACCACAGCCUUAUCAGUACUGGCACCGUGUCGUCAGGCUUUUCCCCUCUCAAUUUAGGCCGCAGGUCAUCCUCCAGUAUAUUCAAACAAGCAAAAAUCUUCUCCACAGAAGGUGUUGCGACCGUAACAUCCUCAUCUUCAAAUGUCCUAGAAGCCGGUGUUCCUAUAUAUGCCAACUCGAUACACAUCGCGACAGCCAACACUUUUAUGACGGUGUUUUUUGCUGCUCUUAUACUCACCGCCAUUGCAUUAGCAGUUUUUGGUCUUGGAUAUGUUGGUUUGCUGGCAAUGCAUCGUUUCCGUUUAGGACGGGCUGAACGGCGGGCUGAACUAAAGGCUUUGUACCCAUCAUUUGUCAGAGCUUGGUCAUUGCGACUAGGCCUUUUAUCUCUUUAUCCCAUUGUUGUUUUCGCAUUUUAUCAGUGGACCCUCAAAGAUUCGUGGCUAUCGAUUCUCUUAUCUGUCAUCGCGUUCCUUGCCGUGGCUUGCGGCACGAGCUAUCCCGCCUUCAUCACUCUGCGUACUGCGCGCCAGUCCACGGCAUAUGCCCUCUAUUCCCGCCCUGCAGUCAUCUCAUCCCAUGGUCCGCUCUUCGCACAGUACCGCACAGCCCGCUAUUUCUUCUUCCUAAUACCGUUGGCUUGUGUUUAUCUGAAAGCGAUCUUCAUUGCAUCUGCCAAAACGAGCGGCUUGGCCCAAAUUAUCCUAUUUUUGACCGUGGAAGUCAGUAUUAUGACGAGUGUUAUUGUCCUUCGUCCACACAAGACUCGAGGAGCAGACGUACUCGCAUCGUACUUGGCUAUCGUGCGUCUCGUUUGCACUGGCUUAAUGAUUGCGUUCGUUGAGCGUCUCGAUGUCAAUGCGAUUCCAAGAGUGGUCAUUGGCAUCGUCAUGGCUGUCAUAUAUUCUGUGGCGAUCAUCGUGGUCGUUAUCAAUCUUGUCUUACACUGCGGCAUCCAGCGGCUAUGGACAAAGCAGGAAACCACGCAGCAUGAAGGAUCUGCUGACGAUACAAUGGUGGAGAAAGAUAACCACCGAGCGUCAUUCCCUGACCUCACCCGUCCCAAAAAUCCAACGCCUGAACGGAACGUCCCAUUGGAUCCUGAGAGUAACCAGCCAUACACACCAUUGACACCGCCUUCAACGGAGGGUGACCACGGUGUGAACAACCGCGACUCUGCUUCUACCAAUGUCGGAAACCUUCUACCACGGAGAUGGUCAUUUACGCCAUUAAGUUCUCCGACAGACUCUCAUCUCUCUCAUCCGUCGCUUAGUAGUCCUUACCAUACACAAGAUGCAGGUCCUCGACAGCAUACAUGAUUCAUUACGCACCUAGAUUUGUUUUUUCGCGCACGUUUAUUUUCAUAGAUCACCGCAUUUUCGGGCCCUAGGGACCUUAGCACAUAGUCGCUCAUUUAUAUCCUGCUCUCU